AUGCUUAACUUUUUCCCGAAAAUCGCUAUCCUACUUCUUUCCCUGUGGAUUCAUGACCUUGCGGCGCUUCAAGGAAGUUUUGGGUGUGACAAAGGGUUCAAACGCAACACAGAUCUUAAAAGCGCGGUUUGCACAAUGCAAUCCUCCAUGUCACCGUUCUACAAAGACUUUCAGUGUACAUAUUCCAGCUGCUGGUUAAAGGGUAAUAAAUGGAUUCCAAUGGGAGGAUGCCAGCUCCCUGGAUUCGGAGCCAGUGAUCAAAAAUGUAUCACGUAUAAGUACGACGAGAAAGCAAAGGUUUUUUCUUGUACCAACGCCGGGGGGGUAACUUAUAUAUGCCCUAAUUAUACACCCAAUGAUGUGCCUUCCAUGGUAUGCACCGAGUGUCAAUUUCCAUAA